AAAUGUAAUGUAAAUUGAACAUUAAUUCUGAACAGAUAGGAAAACUCUCAUAAUAUUUACAACUCAACUGAUGAGAACCCAUUUUUUAAUUAUUUGAGAACCCGUUAUUGAGGAAAUAUAAAACAAAAUAAAAAAUAAAAUAAUCCCUCUACCAUACUGCGCGGGUCUAUAAAUGCACUGUAGCUCCUUUUCUACUUUGCCUUAAAAUUCUUAGUUUCCAAAGAAAAGUUGAGAGCCAAAAUGAAGAGGUUUUUGGUAGCUUUUAUGUUGCUCUUUGCUCUGCUUUUGACAUCCUCCUUUCUUCAACCUGCAACCGCCAAAUCAGUGUACUGCGCGCAGAAAUGCGAGGCUCGGUGUUCCAAGGCAGGACUGAAGGAUCGGUGCGUGAAAUACUGUGAGUUGUGCUGUGCAAAGUGCAAAUGCGUUCCAAAUGGGACUUAUGGAAACAAGCAUCAAUGCCCUUGUUAUAGGGACAUGAAGAACUCUAAGGGCAAGCCCAAAUGUCCUUAGAAAUAAUAAUAAUAAUACUAGUUACCAGAUUUCUUCUC